CUGUUGAGCAUAAUCCUCGCCUAAGGCAGAACACACACAAGAAACAAACACCAUACGGUAGCAUGCCAAUGGAACUUCGCACCCGGGCGGGGUCCCUUUCCCCACCCCGAGAAAUGCUCCUUCCAGUGUCCUGCAAAAAUAAGGGAGGCAAUCACAAGUCUCCUAGCAGUAGUAGUAGUGGGAGUAAUAGUGCCAUAAUAAUGGCAUUUCUUUCCUCUCCCAUCUUGACGAAUGUCCUGUUGAUGAUCACGUCGGUUUCCGUCAUGGUCCUGUUAUUGUCUCGCCAGAAUAAUACUGUGGAUUGUCAUUGCAAUAAUAAUAAUUCGGACGUCAAUGGCCAGAGCAGCAGUACUUUAGUAUCCCCACAGAACACACUAUUACCGUCGAACAACAAUGCUCUUCAGCCAUUGGAUUGUUCCGUUGCACAGCAAAAACAACAACCAGUAGAAGAUGACGAACAAGGCGAGACAGCUGGUCAAUGGGUACAAUCCACUUGGAAUUCCUUUGCCAUGAGCAUUCACGAUCCGACCCGUGAUGCGUUCAUUUCCAAAGAAAUUCUGGAACACGGUUGUUUUGAAUGUGCCAUUUUGGAUCCGGCCAUGACGGCACUCCAAAAGGCCGGCAAAACAGCGGCAUUGCUAGAUUUGGGAGCCAACAUUGGCUUGUAUUCCUUGUCGGCGGCAUCGUUGGGGCACGAUGCCUAUUGUUUUGAACCCGUUCAACGCAAUUACGCCCGCAUUUGUCAAUCUGUUACGCACAAUGCGCAGUUUGACAAACGAGUGCACGUCUUUAAUCGCGCCGUGACCAAUGUGGGAGCACCCACGAUUGUGCGAUUUGACGGAGAAACCGCCACGUCCAAUUUGGGUGCCUUUACCAUGCGCGAGGAUGUUGUCACGACAGCAGUGGAGGGCCGGGAAGGCAAGGAUUACGGACAAGCCGUGGCACUGGAUGACAUUGGCAGUUCUCUGAACGCAUUGCAAAAAAGACCCGUAGUCCUCAAGGUGGAUGUCGAAGGUUUCGAAUGCACCGCCUUGGCGGGUGGCUUGCAAUUUUUGUCCACGUUGGACAUUACGUACGUUGCCAUUGAAUGGUCCUUGGCGCGCUUGAAACGGUGUACCAAACGACAAGAAAUUUUUGAUUUGUUUGUCAACCGCAACAAACUACUGCCCUACAUGCACAUUGCAAAUGGCAAGUGGGACAAACUAGACCCGGCACAAUGGGAACAAUGGAUCCAACGAGGACGACAACCCAAAGUGGGACUCUACGAUAUUGCAUGGGCUCGUACCGAUCCCACCAACCUGUCGCUGGGAGAUGCCAUGAAGAAGAAACAGAAGGUGUAGCAACAACCACCAGAAAGGGCUGAAAGCAAGCACUCUGCUACUAGCCAAUAACAAUGUAUAAUACUAGUAGUUACAUCUUUGGUGGCAUCGGUC